AUGGGUGUGCUCAUGUCAAAGAAACAGCAGGUGGACAAGGUGCAAAGGUGUACUGCUGUGGUCUCAGCCUUCCAGUCAGGAAUAAAGGACCGCGCAGGACUUGUCAAGCAGGAGGAAGGAGAUGCCGAGGACGGUGAGGGGCCAGCUAAAUCCUCAGUCAUACCCGAGGAGAAGACUACCAUAGAAGCAGAAGGUGGGGAAACGGAAAGCGGCACCGGCCUGUCUGCAGCGCAGCAGGCCACGACCUCUGUAAAUCAAGAGGCUUGGUCCAGAUUACGGGAUGGGAAAGGAGUAGAGCCUGAAGAUCUUGAAAAGAGUCACCAGCUCACACCUCCUGCUUAUGUGCGGCCCAAAAGGGAAGCAGAUGACGAUCAGCCUUUAGAAGUGGAGCUGGCAAGGAAAGAACAGCCACCGAGCGAUGAGAUGUGUGACGUAUGUGAAGUCUGGACAGCCGACGACUUGUACCCAUGCAGAAUCUGCACUCGAGUGUUCCAUGACGGCUGCCUGAGGGAGUUGGGCUACCUACGUGCUGAGGCCUUGCAGGAGAUGAGAGACACCGCUCAUACAGUUAACGGCUGGAGUUGCUACUAUUGUGAUAAUUUAAACCUACUGCUAACAGAGGAAGAAAUGUACAGUCUUAUGGAGACCUUUAAGCAGUGUAAGAUAAUCCCAGAGUCAUGCCUGGUGUCAGAUGAGCUGCUGCAGUACCACCAUUUUGUUUCUAAGCAGCAGUUUGAUAAGGAUCUAACUGAUGAGCAAGAGGAAGAAGUACUGGCACAAUUUGCAGCCCUGGACCCGGAAAAGAAGGGUCAUGUCGAGUGGUCUGACUUUCUCUACUUUGAAACGUUGGCUGUCUUAAAAAAGUUUCGCACUGAGAAUUCACUUGUCCGUUUGCUGACUGCCAAGGAAAGAGACACUGCGCGGUUGGUGUUCCUAGGUGUGGAUUUGGAUGAAGAUGGCUGGAUCACAAGAGCAGAAUGUCGCCAGGCCCAGCAGUCUUGGUUUAACAAGCUCAGUAAAGACUCACAAUCCUGCAAUGUGAGUAUAAGUAAUGUUGGUCCCAUUUGUGAGAGCAGCCCAGGCAGCUCCAACAGUGAACAGAUCAAGAGUGAUGACAAUCGGCCAACAUCAUGGGCAGACUUUCUCAGGGAGAGUGCCAUCUACAUCUUGGCUGCCCGGCCCAAUAGCUCAGCCAUGCACAUCCGUCUUCCCCUAUAG